AACCUAGAGUGCGGACGUGCGAGUGUCUGUGCGUGCGUGUGUCGUCAGAGUGAUUGUACAUUACAUUAGUAGGAAUGCCACCCGACUAUACCUUUGAGGUGAGGUGACGGGGGAUGGCGGACGAGGAGUUGAGGGAGUUGGAACUCACUCACGGCUACGGUGGCAGCGGGGGGCGCUGGGCCGGGAGCUCCGGAGCCACCUGGGGGCGCAGUCCGGGAGGCGGGGGCUCCCUAUCACAUCAGAGGAUGGCGCCCUCGCAGCACCACGGCAACAGAGCGGCCGAGGCGGAGGACAUCAUGGGGCGCUCCCAGGUGCCCAGAGGUCGCUCCGGCCUGUACUACUCGCCGCCCGGUACCUCGUACACGAUAGUAGAGCGGCCCCCGGGGGUGGGCGGGGGAGGAAGUGGAGGCGGUGGCGGUGGCAGUGGAGCUGGCAAGCCCAGGGGGACGUACCUUGGUUCGUCAACGUCCUUCUCCCACAACAACAACAGGACCCCCGCCUCCGGGAAGAAGCGACCCAUCUCACCUGAACAGGUGCUACAAAUGCUGGGUCAUAACCACCUGAAGACGCCUCAAGAGCCCCACCAGACCCGCCGCCCAGCGCCCCCUCCCCCCACCAUGGACCAGCUGGCCGUCCGGACUGUCAGCAUGAGCAGAGGACCAGCUGAUGGCACCCAGAGUCACGGCUUUGGCAUCUGCGUCAAGGGCGGCACUAAGGACUCUGGGGUCGGGGUAUACAUCUCCAGGGUGGAGGAGGGGAGUGUAGCGGAGAGGGCGGGUCUACGACCAGGAGACUCGAUACUGGAAGUCAACGGGACCCCCUUCACUGGGAUAUCACAUGAAGAGGCUCUCAAGAUGCUCAAGUCGUGUAGACAGCUGUCCAUGACAGUGCGGAGUCCUCACCCCCCGCCACCGCCGGCUCCUGGAGGGAGUUCCCCCUGGAUGGUCCGACAGACCUACUCCUGGAUAGACCGUCAGGGACGUCCCGUGUCGCCGCCCCCGGAGUACCCUGGGUCUGAUGAUAAGAGGAGGAGUAGAGUACGGCAGGUGGAGCUCAGUAUAGAGCCUGGUCAAAGCCUGGGUCUGAUGAUAAGAGGAGGAGUGGAGUACAAUCUCGGUAUCUUCAUCACGGGGGUUGAUAAGGAUUCCGUUGCUGAUCGAGCUGGACUCAUGAUCGGUGACCAGAUCCUGGAGGUGAACGGUCAGUCAUUCCUGGACGUAACACACGAUGAGGCUGUCAACCAACUCAAGUUCCAUAAGAGAAUGACGUUAACGGUCAGAGAUGUAGGGAAGGUACCGCACUCCUGCACUGCCUACGACAACGACCCCUGGGACUCCCCUCAGGCAAGGAGGAUCCACGCGUCGCGGUCAGCCGCGCUGCAGAUGGUGGACGAGAAGGCUCGUGUGGUGCUGAAGAAGAACGAGUUCAGCACCCUCACGUACUACCUGGACGAGUACUCGGCUAGACAGAUGACCAUUGAGGCCUUCGUAGCCGUCCUGCUGGAGCUGCUAAACACGCCGGAGAAGUACACGCUGCUGACGGAACUACGGGAAGUAGUGAUGCCUGAGGACAGAGGGAGGUUUGACGAGCUGGUCUACAGGAGAGAGUCUGAGGGUCAGCGGCUGCAGCACAUCAUGGAAACUAGACACUCGGCUCAGCACACGAGGAGUAGUGAUAGUUCUGUAGUUACUUGGACAGAGGCAGGUUUGACGAGCUGGUCUACAGGAGAGAGUCUGAGGGUCAGCGGCUGCAGCACAUCAUGGAAACUAGACACUCGGCUCAGCAUACGAGGAGGCAGGUUUGACGAGCUGGUCUACAGGAGAGAGUCUGAGGGUCAGCGGCUGCAGCACAUCAUGGAAACUAGACACUCGGCUCAGCACACGAGGAGUAGUGAUAGUUCUGUAGUUACUUGGACAGAGACAGGUUUGACGAGCUGGUCUACAGGAGAGAGUCUGAGGGUCAGCGGCUGCAGCACAUCAUGGACACUAGACACUCGGCUCAGCAUACGAGGAGGCAGGUUUGACGAGCUGGUCUACAGGAGAGAGUCUGAGGGUCAGCGGCUGCAGCACAUCAUGGACACUAGACACUCGGCUCAGCACACGAGGGCAGGUUUGACGAGCUGGUCUACAGGAGAGAGUCUGAGGGUCAGCGGCUGCAGCACAUCAUGGACACUAGACACUCGGCUCAGCACACGAGGAGGCAGGUUUGACGAGCUGAUCAACAGGAGAGAGUCUGAGGGUCAGCGGCUGCAGCACAUCAUGGACUCUAGACACUCGGCUCAGCACACGAGGAGUAGUGAUAGUUCUGUAGUUACUUGGACAGAGGCAGGUUUGACGAGCUGGUCUACAGGAGAGAGUCUGAGGGUCAGCGGCUGCAGCACAUCAUGGACACUAGACACUCGGCUCAGCACACGAGGAGGCAGGUUUGACGAGCUGGUCUACAGGAGAGAGUCUGAGGGUCAGCGGCUGCAGCACAUCAUGGACACUAGACACUCGGCUCAGCACACGAGGAGUAGUGGUAGUUCUGUAGCUACUUGGACAGAGACAGGUUUGACGAGCUGGUCUACAGGAGAGAGUCUGAGGGUCAGCGGCUGCAGCACAUCAUGGACACUAGACACUCGGCUCAGCAGACGAGGAGACAGGUUUGACGAGCUGGUCUACAGGAGAGAGUCUGAGGGUCAGCGGCUGCAGCACAUCAUGGACACUAGACACUCGGCUCAGCACACGAGGCGGAAAGCAGGGCCUGGGGGAUGCUGCGACAACAACCACUUAUUACCCAGCAUGCACCACGAGUCGCCGGAGUACCACGCUACCUCACGGCCGUGCAGGGUUCCCCUGGGUACCGAGACCAUCUAUAGUGAACCCGAGGACUUCAGGACCCCGAGUGAGGACAGCGGCUUAGGUCUCGGUCCUUCCGAGUUAGGGCCAGGUCGUAGCAUGUACCCCCGGGAGACGAUCUGUCGGGAGAGGGAUUGUCCCGGGAACCAGCGGUGGUCGCCGACCUAUCUCAACAAGAGGACGUCCGACCUGGCGCUCUCCAACGACGAGGACUAUGACCAUGGCCAUCAGGACUAUGGUGAAUUGCACGAUCAUGAGCUCGACAGAAGACACCAUACGACCAUCUCCACCGUCAAGUCACUCAACCAGCCCUACGAUGACGCCAACAUGUGCGGCUACCUGGAAGGGCUCAAGUCUCAGUUGGGAGGCUGGACGCAGAAAGUCAAGUCUUGGUACUGGGGAAACCCUCUUCAGCUCGCUCACAAGUUGGGACGAGGCUUCGACCUCAAGGAAGAACAAGAACUACUCGAGGCAGAGCCUGGUGGCAUGAGAAGACACGGGUCCAACAUGAGACUGUCUCGUGGAGACCUCCAAGACUCCUCAGCUGACAAUGAGGCACAGGUUGUUCCGGAUAGUCAGGGUAACUUGAGGAUCACUGUGAAGAAGACUAAACCAUUGUUAGGAAUUGCGAUUGAAGGAGGAGCAAACACAAGACAUCCGCUACCCAGGAUUAUCAAUAUUCAUGAAAACGGGGCAGCGUUUGAUGCUGGGGGUCUAGAGGUGGGGCAACUUAUACUGGAGGUUGACGGUCAAAAAGUUGAAGGCAUGCAGCAUCAAGAGGUAGCAAGACUGAUAGCAGAGUCUUUUGCAAGAAGAGAACGACAAGAAAUAGAAUUUCUGGUUGUCGAGGCCAAGAAAUCAAACUUGGAACCCAAACCCACGGCGCUGAUAUUCCUAGAAGCGUAGCGUCAAGACGACGCUCCCUCCCAAGCUAUCUGUGAGCUACGCUAUGCAGUUGUGCUACGAUGUGUCGCAGUGUUAUCAGUUGCGAGUACGUUAAUUUCUGAAUGUUGGAUGGUUAAGUGCAAGGUCAUGGUUUAUUUUUGGAAAGUAGCCAACUGUGUUUAGUACAUUGUGAUAUCACGGUUUUGUGGCUUGUUAUAGUUAAAUUCUGCAUUUGUUUCGUUAAAUCAAAUUGAACAAUAUAAACUUCAAGGAAUGUAUUUUUGGGUGCUUGGUCUUUAUCUCUAAAUCAUCACAAACCAAGACUGAACACAAUUAGAUCCUUUGUGGUGGUGGAAAUUGAAAAAAUGGAUUUAUACCUAACAUAGAUUGUUAAUUCCUAUUGGCUUGGUUUCACAAGAAAAAACAACAUAGUAAUUGGUACAGAGAAAGUUCUAAAAGGGUGUACUCCUCAGUCUUGGUUACAAAUUAGGCCAGUGUCAUGUUUGUUUUGUUAGAUCCCAACAAACACAAAUCCACUUAAGAGAGAAAGGCAAGGGAUUGAGGGGGGGGGAGGAAAGUGGAAAAAGACAUUUAGGAAAUUCCAAGAAAUGAAAACUUAACACACCCAUGGUUUUGCUCGAUAUCCAAUUAUUUUCUUGGGUUAUCCUUUACAGUUUUUACUCCUGUGCAUUUACAAAAAAAAACCUACAAAACAGAUUGCACUAUGACCAAGCCACAAAAUAAUUUGUAUUGGUUUGUAUUGACCUUGAUGAUAAUGAAUUUGUACUGAUUUUGAUUUAUGGUUUUCCAAACAUUGCCUUAUUUGUUAAUCAAAUAAUUUUGCCGAGGACGCCAGGUUUCACGCAGAAGCUACAAGAGCCGUGCCUGACGAGACAGUCGCUAUUGUCACAGAGAAUUUUAGCUUUCAGUGUGCGUUAGUUCCUCUACAUGUGAACUUUUAAGAGAGACUUUUUUUACUCUUAGAGACAAAUACUCGACCCAUUGUGUGCCAAACAACAUAUGAAAUAUAUAAAAUAUAUUUUUUAAAGAAAGUAUUCUAAAAUGACAAAAUAUUAGCCAUGUUGUUUUAAGGUUUCAAACUGUUACUUGAAUAGCAUGCCUUAAGCCUUGAACCUCAUGCUGUGUGUGCUUAUUUUUUUGUAGAAAAGCUUUAUCUUUUUGUUAUACAAGCCUUUAUAUUGUAUAUAAACUGUUAUGGCUUGAAUUCUACAAAACCUCCUUCAUUAUAAUUAUUGGAAUCCCAUGACGAAGUAACUUUAAGAAAAACCUAAGCUCAAUGUACAAUCAUUAAUAUUUAUCAAGAGAUUUUUUUACCCAAAAUUAAUUUUAAUCUACUUGUCAUGUAUCAGUAUUACAUGUUUAAUUUUUUAAUCACUGAUGUUUGUAUAUUAUCAUAUUAUUUUCAGUUUCUUAAGUCAGAACAAUCAACUAUUAAAUUUUACAAAGUUUCAAUAACUGUUGUAAACUCUUAAGAAUUUGAUCAACCUUUGCCAGUCAAGAUUUAUCAGUACAGUUUACUGAUACUUUACUUUACCGUACUGACUCAUUACUUCUUAGUUUCAUACAUUCCAUGCACAGGCCUAAGGCCCAUAGCAAAUUUGAGCUAAUUGUUUGAUCUUUCAAAAUUAUGACCCACUAAUGAAACAUUUUACAGCCUGAAACUACUGGAUUAUUUUUGGGCUUUUGUAAAGCGAAGGGGACGCAGUCAGAAAUACUGAAAAUUGUACUGCUAGUUAUGUUAAAUUAAAUUAGGCAUGGUUUCAACAGUGUUUACGAAUGAGAAAUUUAUUAAAUGCAGUGAGACAAUUUGUUGCUUUACAAAUAAAAAUAUGCAUUAGACAAUUAUGUUAGGUUAUGUUAUCAAGAAUUGUGUAAUUAUUGGUAUGUGUUCAUCAUUUAAAUAUUCCAGAUGUACAGAUUAUAUUUUUAUCCCAAUCAGAUUCCACAGAUAGGAUGCUGUGGUUGUACAUAGUUUGUGGAACGGUACUAGGUAGAUGGUGUUAUUGUUGUUACAAUAAAUUUAUUUAAUAUUGUUACUGAACUUAGCUUAGAAUUUUUUGAAUGUUAAUCCGUUUAGGGAACAUAACUUAACCUUUGUUUCAAUUUGUUUAGUGAAAAAAGCCUAUUUUCAUUAAUUUGUAAUUUGUGUGUGUGUGUGUUUGUUUAUAUCCCCUUUCAAACAUUUAUUUUACUGGGAACGAAGUGUGACACAAUAAGAACUUCUGACCUUUCUUAUCAAAAGUUAAAUAAAGAAAACUCAAAUUAACCACAACUUUCAUAAGGUUUUAGGAAAUUUAUUCAACAGUAAAUGGUGGGCAUGGUAAGAAUGUAAAAUGAAUCAUCUGUAUGUCUCAAUUUUUUUGAUGAUGUCAAAGGAUAUUUAUCUUCUAUCUUAAGUAUUGAAGAAAAUAAUAUGUUAAAAACGCUACUGUAAGAAAUAAUUUUAAAAAUGACUGAAUUGAUCCUACGUUUAUUCUUAAAUAAAAAAAUUAAAUGACUUUGUUCAACACAAAAUGUAAGCAGAUGCCACACUUCAUUAUUCAGGAGAAUAAUUUAUUAUCAAUUUGUCUUAAAAUAUUGUAUUUUCAUUUUCCAGUAAUCUACACAUUUAGUUUUUAUUUUUUAGGUUAAAAAAAUAAAUUAUAACUUUGUACAUUGUGUAUAUAAGUGAUAGAUUUAUAGUUAUUUGGAAAUUUUAAUAAUUAUAUGGAAGGUUUGUAACAUUAUGGAACUUGUUGUAUUGUUAUAAUAUAACAAUAAUAUUGACUCGUCUGUUAUUCGCCUUUGUCAAGACGAAAUAUGCAAAACAAUGAAAUAUGAUUUUGGUGCUGAAGAACUCAGAUUUUUUGUUUAAAGGGUUCUUAUAGAUUUUUACAUAGGGAGCAAAUUUGUCACUGACCAACUUAAAAUUACAAAAAAAUUUUGUUUAUGUAUUUUUUACAACUAAUCUUUGGCAACUAACUGUGUCUUUUUUAAGGUAAAUAUAAUAUUUUUACUUAUUAGAAAUGAUUAUGACAAUGUAACUUGAUUUUUUUCAAUGACAUGAUUCUUGCUGAGUGUUUUUGUGUCCCAUUAAGUUCAUUUGAUUGUGUUUGGCAAAACUUAGUCUGAAAACUGAAUUGAGGCAGCUCAGUUGAAAGGAGAGACAAACAACAAAUUAGAACAACAUGUACUUAAAGGAAUUUAAAGUUACAUAUCACAAAUAAGAUCAAAACUUUUACUGUUGACUAAAAGAUAGGAACAAUAUUUAGCGAAUUACUGAACAAAUAGUACUAAAUUUUUAUCAAAACAAAAAUUUAUUUUAUAACGAUAGUCUAAAACAGAUUUGCUCUGACGUUAAAAAUAUCAGAGAUUUAACAAGUCCGCAUAGCAAGAAUCAAACUGAAACCAAUUCUUUCCACUAAAAAUUAAUAUUGAAACGAUUUGAACUAUAUACUGCCAAACAAAAAGACUUAUUGUAAAUAAAUCACCAGUAACAUUUUAUUUGCAGAGUAAGAUAUUUUUGUUAAGUUUCCAUUGACUUGGCUCCCAGUAAAGACCAGCUUAUUACCGAGCUAGUGUCUAUGCUAAUCUAGUGUAUUAUGUUGGUAGGACAGAACUGUGUUGCUGUCAUCUGUCAACUGAAUGUUUUGCUACUAGGCUAAGAUGACUUCUGUUGUCGCACCACUUUUAUCGCUGAUGCACCAUAUUUGUUCAAAUGUGACUCUAAGGUUGUUGAUUAGUUUGUAAAAUAUUUCCAUAUUAUAGCAGGCCUAUUGUGCAAUAAAGUAACGUGUUUUUGUUUUGUAUGAAACCUGGAUAAA